GAAAAUAAUGGGCAGCUCAUCUACUCGAUUACUGGGGUCGAACGAUGGCCGAGAACAGUGGGAACAUGCUGGACAACCAAACAUAUGAAAAUAUAGUCUGUGCGACGGAAAAUGACAACAAUCAGACGCUCCAGGCAUCCCUUUGUCCAAGAAACUGUGCUAUGCCAUUGGAGGAAUGCCUUAUCAAAUGACUUCAAAUGCCAAGGGCUUCUUCAUGCAGAUCUUUUUGCUGGAUGUUGUGAAGAUGGGGCCCUUUUCUGCAUCCAUCAUUCUCUUCCUUGGUCGAGCUUGGGAUGCCAUUACUGAUCCGCUUAUUGGAUAUGCCGUGAGCAAGAGUGGCCGGACCAGAAUAGGCAAACUCAUUCCCUGGAUUGUGUUCUCAAUGCCAUUUGGGGUCCUAUCCUACAUCAUGCUCUGGUAUACUCCACAAGACACUAUGUCCCCUGCAUUCAGUUUCUCCUGGUACUUCACAUGGUGCUGUCUGUUUGACACCUUCAUGAGUUGCUACCAUGUGCCAUAUUCUUCCCUAAACAUGUUUCUCGGGGGGAAUGAAAGAGAUCGAGACUCGGCCACUGGCUACAGGAUGGGAAUGGAAGUGUUUGCUACACUGGCGGGGGCCACCAUUCAGGGUCAGAUAGUUGGAGUGUACCACGCCAGAAGAUCGCAUGCCUGCAGCUUGCAAAAUGAGACCAAAGUGCCUGCUGGAAACCUCACGGUCUCACUUGACGACAUUUCUGAAACCCUACUGAACACAAGAAGAGCCUAUUUGACUGCUGCACUAGUAUUAGGAAUGCUGUACUUACUGUGCUGUCUUGUGCUUUUUAUUGGAGUGAAGGAGCAAUUGGCUCCUCUAAGUAAAUUGGACCGAAUAAAUAUUUCAUAUUUAACUGGAAUGAAGAUGGUGGUGUGUCACAUUCCAUAUGUGUGGCUUGUAUUUGGCUUCCUCUUUGCUUCACUUGCCUUCCAGAUGGCUCAGGGAAAUUUUGCCUUGUUCUGUACUCAUGCAGCAGAUAUGGGAGCAUAUUUCCAGCACCUUGUUCUCAUAUUACUGACAGCAGCCACAUUGUCCAUUCCAUUAUGGCAGACACUCUUGGUCAAAUUAGGCAAGAAGACCACCAUAUUCAUCGGCCUAUCAUCUUACAUCCCAGCUUUAAUUGUAAUAUCCCUAGUGAGGAAUAAUUUACCCGUCUUCAUCAUUAUGUCUGUGUUAGCUGGCACCAGCCUGUCAGCCCUCUAUCUGCUCCCUUGGUCCAUGUUGCCAGAUGUGGUGGAUGACUUCAAGGUCAAGAAUCCUUCUUGUCAGGAUCUAGAACCGUUGUUUUACUCAUGUUAUGUUUUCUUCAACAAAUUUGGAGGAGGAUUAUCUGUUGGAGUCUCUACAUUGGUACUACAUUUUGUAGGGUACAAACCUGGAGCCUGUAGGCACAAUCCUGAGGUUAUAUACUCACUGCGGAUGCUCUUCGCUCCUGUGCCCAUAUGUCUGCUGCUGGUGGGCAUAGUGAUCUUUUACUUCUAUCCUAUCAAUGAAGAGCGACGACUGCAAAUCCAGAAAGCAUUAAGAAAAGCAGGGGCAGAAAACAGCAUAAAAGAAGAAGAACUGAGCCUGUGAAGUAAUCCGUAUUUCACAUACGGGUUGCACUAUAUUUAUAACAUUUACACAUUCUGCAACUGAAUCAUCAAUCAUGUUUUUUGUUUUUCAUCUCUGUGUAAAGAUUUUGUCUUGUACAGUGUUUUUCAAUCCUUCUCUGUGCAGUUCCUCAACACUGCAUAUUUACGAGUUUUCAAGCCCACCACACCCAAUUUAGGCUAUGGGGCACUCUAUAAAUAAGCUGAUAAAUUGAACGAGGGAGGCUUCCAGUGCAGGGUUUACAAACAGUAAUAGUUACUUAAAGGGGUCAUAUCACGAUAAAUCAAAUUUUCCUUUUAUAUUUUGAUAUACAAAUUUGAUGUACUAUGGAUACAUAACAGUAAUUUUAAGCUGGAAGUCUUCCUUCCCUGUCAAAAAAAGUCCAUCUACUGAGGCUUAAUUGCAAAAAUGGCACAUGUGGAAAACGUUGGCUUUCUGAUGUCAGAAUCCUGAAUACAUGAACAAAUACAAUGACCGCCCACAUUUACACAUAAAUGACGUCUGUUUGGUGGUCUGAAAUUUGGCCACUUGGUCUUGGUGAGGUUAUAAGAAGUACGAUAGAUACUUUUAUUUCUAAACACCAGAAAAACGGUUCCUGGCUCUGUGUUGCAACUGCCGAUUUGCCUAUCCUUCUGACGAAAACCAACAUUAGAAGCGAGCUGACGUCUGUUUUCAAAGCAGAUUGUUUUGUUAACCUGUAUUAUCCUAGGCAAAUGCAGCCUAAGAAGCUGUUAUUGAAGAAUAAUUUCACAUGCCAUGAGAGCAUUUAGAAAUAGAGGGUGAAAAAUUUAAGAAAUUGAAAUUGAGAUUGAGAUGAAGAGGUCAAACGAAUUAAAUUACAUAAUAAAAUGUAUCAUAUGACUCGUUUAUAAAGUAUUUGUAACAGCACUUAUACAACAGUUGUGAUAAUGAUGUGCAAUUGUAUAAAUAAAAACC